AUGUUUGAGAUGCAACAACGGCAACUGAGCCAAUGGGAAAGCUUCUAUGUAGUCAGUGGUUCUGGUAGAAAUAGCUGUCAAAUCACUGUCAGAUCACAUCAUACAGAUUUAAAAAUCGAAAAGAACGAAGCAGAUAAUGGUAUUCAAGUAAUUAAUGAGUUCAAGUUGCUCUUUUUGGCAAUCCAACACAAGAGGAACUUCACCUGUGUCCACGGUGACAUCGUCAGUUUCCACGACUUUUUAGGAAGAAGAGAUCCUCUUAAAUUAGACCCAAUGUCAAAGGUUAUAAGGUACUUGAAGAAGAACCAGAUCAGACCACUAGAAUUACUGCGCUCCUUUGAUAAACCUUUAGACUGGUCUAUGAGUUCAUCGUCGUUUAUGGAAAGACUUAAGAUGUGUGAUACAGAAUUGUACCAAUAUGAGAUACGUCAAGUCUCAAAUGAUAUCGAACAUCGCAAGGGGUCUGAAAAAUCAGAUGGAAUAAACUACAGGAAACUUACCAAUUCGAUUGCCGACCACAUGGAGCUUCUACGCCGGAGAAGAGAAACGGAACUACGCAAAGAGAGGGCAGAAGAGCUUUAUCAUCAAAGAAUUCUGAAGGAGGAUGUUUUGGUAGAUGACACUCAAACAAACCCCAGUUCAAUAUUACCAACGGAAGCCAUGGCGAAACUGAAUCUUAAUCAUGGUAAAUCUACGGAUAUAACAGCUAUUGUGCAAAACAAUGGUUAUAAAAGAAGAAACAAAAAAAAAUAUAAAAAAAUUGGUAAAGGUAAAAUCUGAAUAACAUAAACAAGAGAUGACCAAACAAAACUGUAUA